GUGGAGCCCAGUUUGCUCUGCAGGAUCCAGAGAUGGCAUCAGUGAAACUGGAAGACUGCAGUCAAACACUGGAGCUGAAAGUCAACAUUAAAGAUGAAGAAGAGGAGGAGAAGAUUGGGACAUGUGUUAGUCAUGGAGACCAUGUUGAGACAUUAUCUACAUCCAGAGAGCAACAGCAGGAAGAUCACAGAGCUAAGAGGUCUCACCACUGCCCACAUUGUGAGGAGAUUUUCCCAUUUCUAUCAAAGCUAAAAAUACACCUACAAAUACACACAGGAGAGAAGCCUUAUUCCUGCACUGACUGUGGAACGCACUUCACAACAUCAAAGGCUCUGACCGUUCAUCAGAGAGUGCACACUGGAGAGAAGCCUUACUCCUGCUCUGACUGUGGGAAGAGUUUCUCAGGAUUGGGUCACUUAAAAAGACACCAACGUAUACACACAGGAGAGAAGCCUUACUCCUGCUCUGACUGUGGGAAGAGUUUCUCGCAACAGAGCAGCUUAAACUCGCACAAACAUAUACACACAGGAGAGAAGCCUUACUACUGCUCUGACUGUGGAAAAUGCUUCAGAGCAGCAUUUGAGUUAAAAGUUCAUCAGAGGACACACACAGGAGAGAAGCCUUACUACUGCUCUGACUGUGGGAUGAGUUUCUCUCAACAGAGCAGCUUAAAGUCACACCAGCGUAUACACACAGGAGAGAAGCCUUACUCCUGCUCUGAUUGUGGGAAGAGUUUCUCUCAUCAAAGCAGCUUAAAAUCACACCAACAUAUACAUAAAGCAGAGAAGCCUUACUCCUGCUCUGACUGUGGGAAGUACUUCACAACAUCAGCUGAGCUAAAAGUUCACCAGAGAACACACACAGGAGAGAAGCCUUAUUGCUGCUCUGACUGUGGGAAGAGUUUCUCUCAACAGAGCAACUUAAAAACACACCAACUUAUACAUACAGGAGAGAAGCCUUUCUCAUGCUCUGACUGUGUGAAGUGCUUCACAACAUCAUCUGAGCUAAAAGUUCACCAGAGAACACACACAGGAGAGAAGCCUUACUCCUGCUCUGACUGUGGGAAGAGUUUCUCUCAACAGAGCAACUUAAUAACACACCAACGUAUACAUAAAGGAAAGAAGCCUCAUCAGUUCUCUCAGGCCAGUUAAGAUUAGUCACUCCAUCACUUAAUUCUCAUCUCAUAAAGGAAGUGGUAACAGUGAAUUUGAUAACAUUACCAGAGAGUAACACUAUUGUAAUCCUAUUGUUUCUGAUUGUGAGAGAACUGUGCAGAGAAAAGGGAGCAUUAUAGAACAUUAGCUUCUCUUUACUUUACUGAUCAGUGUGCACCUUGUCAGUUCUGGUGUGUUUUGUUUGCUUCUACUGUAAAGAUAUUGAGAUUACCUUGGAUUUGCCCUUAUCAUUGAAAACCCUCAGAGAUCUCUUGUUAAAACAAUGGAGGGAGGUACUGCUUCCCUCUGCAGUUUUCUGUGGGAAUGAGUUAAGACACAACAUGAGUCAGAUAGAGAUGGUGUGAUGAUCAGUUUUCUGUGGGAAUGAGUUAGUAGACACAUGUCAGAUAGAGAUGAUGUGAUGAUCAGUUUUCACCUUUAGUUUGCGUGGAUACUUUUAUUCCUACUAAAUGUUUUUUGUUUAAUGAUACACAGGUUAUAAAACAAAUGGGUUUAUUCAAUUGUCUUUUAAAACUAGAUUCACUAUGUUAGUCAUUGAUGAUUCAUGUAUUUGGAUAACUGCAAUGAAUUUAAUUGAAUUACUAAUGAAAAAUAAAUGUUCUACAUU